AAGCAAAAGUCAAGAAAAAGAGAUUCAGAGAAAGGAACUGAUGACUUUUCUCAAGGUGACUCUGAAUCCCAUGUUUCUGGAAAAGCAGACUCCUGGCCUUCCUCUGAUGAAGAUGACUUGGAUUUCAGUCCAAAGAAAGCGUCCAAGCCUAAUUUAACACAACUACUGAGCUCCAAAAAAAAAGUUAAUGAAAGCUUUGCCCUACAGAGUAAAUCAGAUAGUGAAGAAGACUCUUUUCAUGAUAGUGAAGAUGAAGAUGCAAACAUUCCAUCCCCUCCUAAGCCUGUUCCUGAAAUCCUUUCCUUUCCUCAACCUUUGAUUUUCUCACCUGGCUCUAUUACAAAACCUCCCCAGCUGGCUUCUGCUUCCCUCCACAGCAUUAUUAAGGAAAAAUCUUUUUCAAGUGCUGAAGAUGAUAAUGAAGACAGUGAAAGUCCUGACCAUUCAUUCACAGCAAAUACUGCUGGGCAACCAAAGAUACAAGCUGGUGGAGAUGUGGGCAGGAAAGUUGUACUAAUGUCCGAACUUGGACUGGAAGAUGAUGAUGUUGAAUCACCG